CUCUUUCCUAUCCAAGUGACGACCACGCUUACCGGUCGUGAUGAAUACGUCCGGACGAUACAUUUUACUGGUUCUUGGUAUCAUUAUAUCCCUACACUACCUAUUAAGCUUCACGCACGAAUCCUAUGGGCGCGCAACGUCACUUUCGAACAUAAAGUCCACGCUUCUUGGGUCCCAGCAAGCGCCACCGACGGUUGCGGACACUUAUUAUGGAUUUGGGCACCCAAAUGACACGCUAGCAGUGGAUCGCCGGGCCAAUGCCACCUUUGUCAUUUUGGCACGCAAUAGCGAUCUAUCAGGGACCAUUAGGAGCAUCAGGGAGAUCGAGGAUAGGUUCAACAGGAAAUAUCGGUACCCAUAUGUGCUGUUGAAUGAGGAAGAAUUUACGGACGACUUCAAAAAACGGAUAUCGGUGCUCACGCCGUCCACGGUGGAGUUUGGGCUCAUUCCGCGCGAGCAUUGGUUCCAGCCGGACUGGAUUGACGAGGACAGGGCCACCAAGUCAAGGAAUAAGAUGGUUGCUGACAAUAUUAUCUAUGGCGGGAGUGUCUCUUACCGUAACAUGUGUCGAUUCAACUCUGGGUUUUUCUUCAGACAUCCCUUGAUGGAGAAGUACAGAUGGUAUUGGCGCAUCGAACCAGACGUCCAUUUCCACUGCGACAUCGACUUUGAUCCAUUCGUCUACAUGGAAGACAAGAACAAAGUUUACGCAUUCACGAUCACCAUGUAUGAAUAUGAAGCUACCAUUCCUACGCUCUGGGGCCACGUUCGAGAUUUUGCCAAGCUUCAUCCUGAAUACGUAGCAGAGAACAACGCUAUGGGUUUCAUGUCGGAGAACGGAGGCGAGAAAUACAAUCUAUGCCAUUUCUGGAGUAACUUUGAAGUGGCAGACAUGAACUUCUGGCGUGGACCCACAUAUACGGCCUUCUUCGAAUAUCUUGACUCAAAAGGCGGAUUUUACUACGAGCGUUGGGGAGAUGCCCCAGUUCACAGUAUCGCCGCUGCGCUGUUCGCCUCGCGUGACCAGAUCCAAUUCUUUGAUGAAAUAGGCUACGAACACAACCCGUACACGCAUUGUCCAAAGUUGGGCAACAACUGGCAGAAGGGGAGGUGUUCGUGUGAUCCUGCGAGGAGUUUCGAUUAUGAUGGAUACUCAUGUAUGAGUAAAUGGGACCGGUUCAUGGACCUCUGAAUCUUUGUAUUUUGCACCAUUAUAGAAAAGUUGAGAGCUACACCAUACACUUGUGUUGGUUUUCGCUAUGUAUCCAUUUGUCCAUGCUGUGCACAUGUAUUCGCCCAUAAUUUAUUAGAUUCUUG